AUGGCCUCGCAGGGCUUCUCUCGAAAACGUCCUGCGCCAGGCGCCGAUCCGGUCUCUUACCCGGUUCAGAUGCAGAAUCCCGCGCCCGCACUCAACGACGGCCUCGGGCCGCAACUCUCCAAUGACCAGUUUCUGCAGUGGGGUCAGACCGGUCAGCCUGCUGCUGUUCCCUCAUACAACGACGCCAGCUUCGCCAUGAACGCAAGUGCCUAUCCUGCGAGCAAUCCUCAACCUGUCCCUCAGCCCUCGAAUCAACUGACACGCCGACAUGUCGCUCAACUUGCCGCGCGACCCCCUCGACCGAACGAAGACGGGAAUAGCUGGAUGGAGCACCCUAAUGGAGGUGUGCAACCCCCAAAUCCGGAGUGGGAAGACGAUAUAUCAGUAUUGGAGGCAAGAGCACAAGUCGCAAAGAGAGAGGCUCAAUUGAGGAGAAAACAGAUACCUCCUUUUGUUCAGAAGCUGAACAGCUUCCUGGAGGAUGGCAGAAACACUGACCUCAUCCGCUGGUCAGACGACGGCAACUCAUUCAUUGUCUUGGAUGAGGAUGAGUUUGCAAAGACACUGAUCCCGGAACUGUUCAAACACAACAACUACGCCUCCUUCGUGCGUCAACUCAACAUGUACGGCUUUCACAAGAAAGUCGGCCUUUCGGACAAUUCCAUGAGAGCCAGCGAACGGAAAAACAAGAGUCCAAGUGAAUACUCGAACCCCUACUUCCGCCGGGGUCACCCGGAUUUGCUUUGGUUGAUACAGAAACCCAAGAACGUCGGCGGACCUGCCUCGAAACGCAAAGGAAAAACUGACAACGACCAGAACGAGGAAGAGGUGGAUGAAUACGUCGAUGACUCGAUCCCGGCCGACACCCGAGUACGUGCCCGACCUGGGCAGAUCACGCUGGGAAACAAUGACAUGGCUCUCACGCAAGAUCAAUUUAAGAGUGUGCAGCGUGAAUUAGCAGCCAUCCGACACCAGCAAACGCAAAUCUCUCGCAUGAUGCAGCAACUCAAGCGUGAGCAUGAACAGCUAUACGGGCAAGCGGCCACCUUCCAAGACCAGCACAAUCGACACGAGAACUCGAUCAAUGCCAUCCUCACCUUCCUCGCCACGGUCUAUAACCGCAGCCUUCAGAGCCACGAAAGUGUACAAGGCAUUGCAAACCUGUUUCAGAAUGCGAUACCUGUCGACACAUCGACUCAGGGCAAUGUCGUUGAUGUCGAGGACUACAACUUCAAAGAUAUCAACCUCGACGGCAGUCCUGCGAAGCCGUUUAAGAAACAGCCUUUGCUACUGACCAAUGGAGGCGGGCAACAACCGCCGGGUCGGGCGAGCACCUUGUCCCCUCGCUCCGGCAACAGUCCCUAUCCUACUCCCAAGCCAACAUCCCACCGCAACGGCCAAGCCCAAUCUGUGCUCUCGCCAAAACUCGAAGAGGUCUUCGACGUCGGGGUUCAUAGCCCCAACAGCACCACUGUCAACCAAGCCCGAACCGAUCUGCCUUCCCGGGACAUGAUGACCGUGAUUCAAAACGCCAAUGCGAGAAACAACCACGCCGCAGCCUCCCCGACGACCCCCGCCCAAGACUUCUCGCAUGUCCUCAGCAACCUCGAAGCAGCCUCCGGCACGGGGCCACUGUCCACAGCUCAGCGCGCCGAUGUCCUCCGCAUGAUCAACAAUUCCGCAAACCAACCCGCCGGUAACGACAAUGCGCUGAUCAAUGCCACCCCCCCGCCCGGGCCGCCGAACUUCCAUCGCCGCCUCGCCAGCACCCAAGCGGACCUGGAACACCUUGCCAAGCUGCAAGCGGAACAAGAUAAAUCUGUUCAAAAUCUUACAAACUUACUGCAACCACUUUCGCCCACAGGCUCGAUCCCCGGGAUCGGUGACGGCCAAAACUUUCCACCUCCGCCGUUGGAUAUUGACGAUUUUCUGAACCAAAACGAGUACUUUGGCGAUUUCCCCAGUGACGGCAAUGGAAACUACGAUUUUGGCAGCACUGGGUUGGGUGGGGAUCAACUCGGGACGGCUGAUAAUAUGAAUUUCGGUUACAAGGAUGACGACGAGCUGUUUGGAAAUCUGAGCAACGAUGGUGCUGCUGGGUUCGGGGGCUUUGAUGGCACGAGCGCUGGCAUGGGUGCAGGUGGUGGGGUGGUGCCCGAUCAAUACGGCGGCAAUUCGGGAAAUGUCAAGUACGACCAUGCGACCCAGUAUACCGAGCCAGAUGGUGGUGGGCGGAUCGAGAGCGUGCCGAGUAGCGAAGUGACUACUCCAAAAUCAGACAAGUCUGCUACCAGCCGGACAGCGGCCAAGGGGAGGAGAAAAUUGAGCGAGGUCGAGGAGGACGUUGCCGGGAGGAAGAGAUUUAAGGCCUGA